AAAGGUUCGAGAAACCCUCGAUGGGAACCGCAGCCAUUGACGCAGAGGAAGCAACAUCCUCUCCGUCGCCGUCGCCGUCGCCGGCGCUGGCGCUGGAGGAGACGGAGGCGAUGGUGAAGGAGAUCAAGAAGCCGGUGUUCCGUGAUAUCCGUCGAUAUUACUGUGAGUUCUGUGGCAUUUGCAGGUCUAAGAAGGCUCUCAUCAGAUCCCACAUCCUGUCUCACCACCAGGAGGAUAUGGCGGAUGAUAAGAAGGGUGGCAUAGAGGCAGCAACGGAGGAGAAGGGCGGGAACACUUGCGAGGAGUGUGGUGCGAGCUUUAGGAAGCCUGCUCAUCUCAAACAACACAUGCAAAGCCAUUCUUUACAGAGGCCUUUUGCUUGCCCUUUGGAUGAUUGCCCUCACAGUUAUCGCCGCAAGGACCAUUUGACAAGACAUUCACUGAAACAUGAAGGGAAGAUCUUUACUUGCCCUUUAGAUAACUGCAAUCGCAAGUUUGCAUUUCAGGGCAACAUGACUAGGCAUGUGAAAGAAUUCCACAAUGAUGUUACUACUGCAAAUGGCUCUGAAAAGAAGCAUGUAUGCCAAGAAGAAGGGUGUGGGAAGGUAUUCAAAUAUGCAUCCCGGUUGAGAAAACAUGAAGGGACACAUGUUAAACUUGAAUAUGUGGAGGUUAUCUGUGGUGAGCCAAGUUGUCUGAAGCAAUUCACAAACUCUGAAUGCCUCAAGGCUCACAUUGAGUCAUCUCACCGUUAUAUUAAAUGUGAGGUGUGUGGAGCACGACAGCUAAAGAAGAAUUUCAAGCGGCACAAACGUGCUCAUGACAGAAAACGUGGAAAAUGUACAACUGAGCGGGUUAAGUGCACUUUUGAAGAUUGCUUAUGCACAUUUUCAAAUAAAUCAAAUCUCACAAAGCAUUUGAAGGCUGUUCAUGAAGACUGUCGGCCAUUCACAUGCACUAUAGCUGAUUGUGGGCAGAAAUUCUCAUACAAGCAUGUGCGAGAUAAUCAUGAGAAAAGUGCUCAUGUGUAUGUUCAAGGUGACUUUGUUGAGACUGAUGAGCUUUUCCAUUCACAACCAAGGGGUGGACGGAAACGGAAAUGUUUGUCAGUGGAGUCAUUACUCCGAAAGAGAAUUGUUCCUCCAGCUGAAGCUUCCACAUUAGAUGAUGGAACAGAAUACCUGAGGUGGCUGCUUUCAGAUGAUAAUCAAGAGUGAAUGGUCCAUAUGUUUUGGUUUAUAUUAUGUGUCUGCUAUAAAUAGUUCCAAAUUACUUAUACAUAAGUUAGAUGGAGUCCUGCUUAGGUUAGAUUACUUUAAUUGUUCAUAUAAAAGUAUGUACCUCACAACAGCGACCAGGAACUCAAGUUUACAUGGAACAAUUACAAAAUACUAAGAUUUCUUUUGAAACUGUUUGUUUUCCCCAAA